AUGUUCCAACUUGGGACCCUUGUUGUCUUGUGUGGCCUGCUCAUUCCGAACUCAGGAUCACCUUUGGGUAUCCUUCAAAAUCUAGACCUAUAUGUAGAGUCAGAUUGGUCAGAAGUUAAGGCCAGACUUCUAGAAGCUUUGAGCAGUGUGGCUUUUGACAGAUUAACGGACUUGUUAUCUCAGAAGGGGGUAGGGUUGGAAAUCAAGGAUCUCAAAAUUUUAGACCUGAAGCAUGACCAGUCUUCCAAUGGUGAUGAAAUGAUCCUGAAGGUCCCCCUGGUUCUUGAUGCAGUUCUGUCUCUGCCAUUACCUGAUUCGACUCCUGAUGUCUCUGUUUCUAUGGAGAUGUUAUCUUCACUUGCUGUUCAAAAAGAUGCCAAGAUUGGCCAUAAUGUCCUGGUCAUGAAGGAAUGCUCAACUAGUCGAGACAAAAUCUCCAUUGACUUGUUGAACAUCUGUGUCAGUGUGCCUAGUGCCUGCGAAGAUGUGAACACUACAUUCACCUGCAGGUGGGAAGCAGUUGGAGAAUUAAAAGACAUCAUGGACUCUGCUUGUCCUGAAUUACUUGCUGCUGUUGGAAAAAUUCUGCAGUGA